AUGCCCCUGACCCCUCAGCAGCGCCGCAAGUCGCGCAACAAGGAGAUCCCCCUCAACCUGAUCCAGACCUGGCAGUGUCCAGGCAACGAGGGUGCCCGGCCUGUCGUGCGCCGGCCAAUCACCGCCUGCGAUGCAUGCCGCGCUGCAAAGGUCAAAUGCACCGGCCUGCAGAACGCCUGCGACCGCUGCACCGGCCGCGGCCUUGCUUGCAAAUACACCACCCCAUCGUCCAGCUCGCGCUCCACGGCCUCGUCCAGUCCCCCGAACACCUCGUCGUCCACCUCCUCCAAUCGCCAGUCCCCUUCAACGGCUGCUAGCUCGAUCUCCGGCUCUAAUAAAUCGUCCGAUGCCAUGGCCAUGGAGUGGGUGCUCGAUAGCGCGGAGCCAUUAAAUCUCGAUGACGUCCCCGGCCACGACUUCAGCAGCAUGGUCGACUGGCCCAAGGACAUGUCCAGCCAAAUGGUGGACUGGUCGACGCUCGACUUCAGCCAGAACACAAUCGACCUGAACGCCCUCGGGACGGGGACAGGGGGGAUAGACGUCUUCACGCCGCCAGCCCAAGCCACCCUCCUCCCGGGCCAGGACGCCUCCACAAUCAACCCAGCCUCCAUGACCGUCCCGACCCUCCCCCUCCCCCCCUUCCACGAACCCUGCCACUGCCGCGCCAACCUGAUGGCCCAAGUCCCCGAAGUCAAAGACGCAAUGCACCGCAAGCCGCGCCCCCAACUCGACCGCAUCUUCAAAGUCACCGGCAACGUGCUCUACGCCUGCCGCGAUCUAGUCGGGUGCCCAACGUGCCAAAUCAACUACGCCGACCUGGUCUGCGUGAUGGCCGUCCUGCAGCAGACGGAAACAUGCUUCGAGCACAUCGCGAAAGAGGGCCUAUCGACGAGCGCGAUCCGCGUCAGCGUCGGCGAGUACGAGGUGCCGAUCGGGAAUGAGAUCAAGCUGGGGCAUAUCCUGGUGAUGGAUUUGGUGUCGCAGGCAAACUGUCUGCUGAAGCUUCUGCGGAAGAGGAGCCAGGUGCUGGUGCAGACGCAGUCGGCGGCGCAGAGCCGGAUGGCGCAGCUGAACAUGGAGUAUUUGCAGGAGGUGGUCAAGAGCUUUGGGCAGACGUUACGGGCGAUUGCGGACUCGUUUGAUGGGCAGAGCCAGCGGGAUGUUGAUACGUGA